GUGUUCUAUGAGUGAAUCAUAUUUGUGCUUUCUUAUAUUGUAUUAAUAAAUUCCAACAUUUUUGUGCAUUUUAAAAAAGAGUUAUACUAAAAAAAACUAUGGCGAAAAAUACCUCUAGUUCAGCUUUUCGCAAAAUUGAUGUGGAUCAAUACAAUGAGGAUAAUUUUAAGGAAGACGAGGCGGACGCAAUCUCAGCGACUGUUGGCCCAGAUGAGAAUGAAAUCACAACACUUCUUACACAGGGGAAAGGUGUAGAGGCUUUAGUAAAUGUAUUGCAAAAUGCGCCCUUACGUUGCAAAAAUCAGCAUGUGAAGGACAACGCCUUGAAUACAACACUACGUGUACUUCUCUCUAUUAAAUCAUCACAAAUGGAUCAAGCUGUUGAAGCGCUCGAACAAAACGAUCUACUCGAUGUACUCAUGAAAUACAUAUAUCGAGGCUUUGAAAUUCCCUCAGAAGGCUCUAGUGGGCACCUCUUGCAAUGGCAUGAAAAAGCAUUUGCUAAAGGUGGUGUUGGUUGCAUUGUACGGGUGCUUUCGGAUACGAAUCGUGCAUAAGUUAUAUUACCGUUAAACAAAUUAAUACCUAAGUGAACGUCAAAAAGCAAAAAAAAAAA